AUGCGCAAACCCGGAGGAAGAGGGAAGGAAGCGCGGCGAAGAAGAGGGAAAAAAGGAAGGAAGGGGAGAAGCCCCGGAAGGAAGGUAGGGGGACAGAAGGGACCAGGGGACCCCGGGCCUAGAGGAAAGACCGGAAACCGGGGAGGAAGAAGAGAAGGAAGGACCCGGACGAGGCAGAGGCGAGGAAGAACCCUGAGACCGAGAGAUCGAGGAGGAAGAAAGAAAGGAGCCGGGGACGAGGCAGAGGCGAAUGGCGAAGCCGAAGACCUGAGGAUAGCGGGAACACCCCAAGGGGGAAAACGGGGAAAACGGAGAGGAAAGAAAGGGAUAAGGCGCAGGAAAGCCCAAGCAAGAGCAGGACGAACAGAAGGAGCGGUGGGGAGGCCACAGGCGGAGCGGGAGAACGCAGAGAGCACAGGCGAUAACUAG